UAUCGUUAGAAUCUGACAGAUCCUCUUAUCUUGACCACCAUCAGAGAGGCCCCCCCCCCUCCAACUGCAUGUGAUACGAACAUGAACCCCUAGAAUGGAGAGCACGACGUCCAAUCCUCCUCCCCCUCAUCGUACCCAAGAAGGUCACUUAUGGGGCAAAUUGAAGCAGCCCUCAAGCCUUGACGUCCCUAGUCCCAACUGUUCCAAAAACGACAUCCGGAGAUUGGUCUGGGAUUUCAUGGAGAAGCAUGAUAUUGCCAACUUUCCCCGACCUAUCAUUCACCGCAUUCCAAAUUUCAAGGGGGCCACGCUCGCCGGAUACGCCGCGGCCCAAUUGCCAGAGUUCAUCGAGGCCAAAACCCUUAAGGUGGGCCCGGACAAACCUCUAGAAGAAGUCAGGUUCCAAGUCCUCUCCCAUCCUCAAAAGGAGCUUUUGGUGCCGACGCCUAAAUUGAGGCGAGGAUUGUUCAACCGAUUGGUGGCGCCACUGGAUUGCUCGCAGCAGGAACUCAGAGCACUGGCUUCCCGAAGAGGCAUAGAUCAUGACUCCAAACCAGUUCCCAUUGCCUCUAGGUGCAAAAUUGACGUGGUGGUGGUAGGAUCAGUGGCCGUUGAUAGGUUUGGCCGGAGAUUAGGAAAAGGCGAGGGGUUUGCCGACUUGGAAUACGCUCUAGCAGCCACUAAUCAUGGGUCGGCCGUAGGGCAGGACACGGUGGUGAUCACCUGUGUCCAUGAUUGUCAGGUCUUUGAUUGUCUCCCUCCGGACUUGUUUGCCGAGCACGAUUUACCAGUGGACAUUAUUGUCACGCCCACCAAAGUGGUACGUGCCUCAAUUUUCCUGCCCAAACCAAAACGAAUCAUUUGGAGUCUCCUGACCAAAGAAAAGCUAGAUCAAAUUGAGAUCUUGAGAGAGAUUCAGUUCAAGGAGAAGAGGAUCGGACAUGACGUGUCCUUGAUGGAUGACGUGCCGGUAGAGAACCCCAAUGCGGCUAAUACUACCAAUCGCAAGAAGGUCAAGAAGACAAAGAGGCAAUUGCCCGAAGCCCAGAAGUCCAAGGCUCAAAGCACGACGGACAUGGAAGGUUGGUUUACCGUGUUUUUAGGUCGCAUCCCAAGAAACUAUCCUCCCAAGGACCUUCAAGAGGUCUUGGCUGCCCGGGGAUUUGAACAUAACAGUCCUGGCAUCAAUCUUGUGAUCAAGCCAGUCAAGGGCGUGGCCUUUUUGAAUAUGGACCCCAGCGUCCACCAACACGACGAUGUGAUCAAGCAAUUAGAUGGAGUUUGUCUCGGUAGCACCGAGCUCAAUGUCCAAGGUGAUAGUAAGUACACUGGAGUGAAGGCUCCUGUAAAGAAGUACCGAUUGAAGAAAAUUCGUCGGAAUCGCAACCCACGCUCUGUUACCCCCGAGGAUGAACUUCCAACUAUUCCAAAUGAAAAAAGGGCGAACGAGAUCACAGAGAGGGAUGUUGAACCUUGACAGGCUAGUCAGUCAUAGCACUCGGUGAAUUUAAAUGAUGUCAUAAAAAGUAUUCUGAACAAGUUUAUUUGAAGUAGCAUGUAAGUACAGGCUAAUACACGUUUCAUUCUACAACUAAACUGAAACUAAAAAAUGUAAUCGUAUUUUCUUUGAAGUGUAAAAGAGAUAGAAUCUUUAUAAGUGAACUUGUGGUAUGUUUGUCCACGAGCUUCUAGAACUAUGAAGUGCGAACGAUCUUCCCGCCAAAUCAGCCUCCUCUUGGUCAUAGCAACUCUGAACCACUUUUCGAAUAAAAGUAAUGAAAUAAGAAACGUAGAUCUCGUCAAUUAAAGGUAGGUCAAUAUAGAUUGUUUACCUGUAAAGUGGUUCGUGUCAAAGUUAAGUUAUCAAAAGCUUAUGUAGGUGACCAAGAGGAGGCCGAAAAUUCCAAUUUUAAAUAGUGCUUACGUUAUAUCUUUGGCCAUAUCUUCGGAGUUCCCUAACCAUAGUUUUGGCCAGAUUCAUCUAUUCAACUACAUCUUAUAGUCGUAUUAAGUGCUUAUUUGGAAUAAGAUGAACAGUUUCAGAGAUAAUAAAGUUUUGCUUCCGCU